UGAGAGCGGGAGAGCUGAAGAACGAAGGAGACUCCACAAUCCAGAGACUUAGGGCAAAACAAGAUGAUCAUCCCAGUUCGCUGUUUCACCUGCGGAAAGGUGAUUGGAAACAAAUGGGAUACGUAUCUUGACCUUCUGCAAGCAGAUUACACCGAAGGAGAUGCACUUGAUGCAUUGGGUUUGGUCCGUUAUUGCUGUCGGCGAAUGCUUAUGACUCACGUCGACCUCAUCGAGAAGCUUCUGAACUACAAUACUUUGGAGAAGUCUGAAAACAGCUGAGGAAGCAUAUGGUGUAACAAUCGACCCGAUUUCUGGUUUUAUUUGAAUUUUUGUCUAAGUGCCCGAGUGUGUGGUACAUGUUCCAUGUCUGUUUGUCUGUUUCAGUGUUUGGUCCUUAUUACCCUAGUUGGAAAGUUGGAAAGUUGGAAUAUGUCUAAUAGGAUUAUGCAGAUGUGGGGAGAUGCUUAUGGAUGCGCUUAAGGCAUGUAUGUUAGUGCGCACUAGUUUAUGUUUAGGUUGUAAUGUGUAUGAACUUGUUAAAUAGAAUGAAUGACUGAAUGCUCGCGAGGCAUUGUGUUAUUUUAAA